AUGCGGGGCGCCCAGAAGUCGGGCUUCUGGAGCUGCGCCGAGAAGAAGUUUGUUUUCUGCUGCUCCGACUACACGGGGCCCUUUGGCGACUGUGCCCAUUGUGAGACCUCGAGUGGUUGUCGGACCGGUGACCGCCUGGUGCCCGUCGACUGCCCUACGAAUAUCCCAAGCGGCCACGACUUGGAGGUGCCCGACAUGCCCGAAAUCCAUUGCACCCUGACCAACGAGGACGGCUUCCACGACGACCUCUUGAACACGUAUGGCAUCGACCGCAAAAUGGGUCAAGAUCGGCAAACGGGCUUCCCUGUGCCUGGCGACAUUGUAGUUUCGGACCCCAAAGCCCUCAUCGCCGACAACGCCGACAAUAUCGCCAUCUUGUCGUCGCAGAUGGUCGAGCGCGCCUUCUGGGCUGACUGGGGCGGCGGAUUCUCCACGCACACCUAA